AUGUGCUUAUUGAAGGAAGUUUCAGUCAUCGUCACUAGGAGUGGAACACAGACGAAAACCUUUGUAGAACUGAUAUGCAACCCAUCUUUUGGAGGUGGAUUACAUGAAAUAUUUACUUUUUUCUCAGCAGUGCACAUUCUCCUCUCCAUCACAGCAUUCCUUACAAAUUCUCUCAUCCUUGUUGCCCUUCACAAGGAAUCUUCCCUCCACCGACCGUCCAAACUCUUGUACCGUUCUCUGGCAACAACUGACCUGUUGGUUGGUCUUGUUGCCCAGCCUCUCUAUGCUACUUAUUGGAUGUCCUUAGUUCAGGAACACUGGAGCCUUUGUCGAUACGCAUUUGACGCAGCCUACAUCACGGGGUAUGCGUUGUUUUUAGUGUCUUUGAUGACGAUGACGGCUAUAAACGUGGACAGACUUCUCGCCCUAUUGUUGGGGCUGAGGUACAAAGAAAUCGUAACUUUGAAGCGCACAUACAUCAUUGUAGCUACCAUCUGGAUUUUGGCUAUUGUCUCUUCUUUAUGCGCUUUACUUGAUGACCGUAUAAUUCUUUUGCACCGUCUCAUAACUAUACUACUUUGCCUGGUUAUUUCACUUGCAUCAUACACAAAGAUUUUUCGCACUCUCAGAUAUCAUCAGGUUCAGGCAGAAGAUCCCGUUCAACAACAGCCGAGCCAACUAAAUGUACUGAACAUAGCUCAAUACAGAAAAGCAGUGUAUAGUGCACUGUGGGUGCAGUUAGCAUUAGUUGUUUGUUUUGCACCAUUCUUUAUCGUGGUGACCGCGAUUGCACAUAGUAACAAAACACAUUCAUCGCACUUGGUCAUCCUAUGGGGAAUAGCCGAUGUCUUGGUUUACUUUAACUCGACGUUAAACCCGUUUCUUUACCGCUGGAGGAUAAGUGAAGCAAGACAAGCAAUGAAGCAGACAAUCAGACAAGCACUUUGCUGUCCAUGGAGUUAG